AUGAGUAGCAGCAGCAGCUCAGAGACACAGGACUGCAGAGAGGCUGCCAUCAGGCCCAGACCACCAAGGCCUAGGCCCAGGCCUAGAUCCGGGCCCAGCACCAGCACCCCACACCCUCACCAGACACAAUCCCACACUCAGCAGGCCAAGGCCCGCCCGAAACAAGCCUACCAGACCCACACCUACCUGACAGAGGUCCAUACCCUCCCAAAACAGGCCUACCAGACCCACACCUACCUGACAGAGGUCGAUCCCCUCCCGAAACAGGUCCAGAACCAUCAGCUACAGGCCCAGAGCGACGUCCGACAGAACCAGCAGACAAAGCACCUUCUCUGCAGUUCUGUGUCUAUCAGGCCUAGACCCAGAUCUAGCCUCAACACACCACACCCUCAACCCCCCCAGACCCCGGCCCAAAUGCAGCACAUCGAGGCCCACCAAAUCCAGGCCCAGUAUCGACAGGCCCCGCCGACACAGGCCCAGAUGCAUAAGAGACAAGCACUCACCCACCAGACACAGGCCCAGACGCACAAGAGACAAGCACCCACCCACCCGACACAGGCCCAGACGCACAAGAGACAAGCACCCACCCACCCGACACAGGCCCAGACCAAGCAGCACCACAGAGAGAUUCCCGUCAGCCCCAGCCACAGCCCUAGGCCCACCUCUGACAGCCCUAGGCCCAACUCUGACAGCCCUAGGCCCACCUCUGACAGCCCUAGGCCUAUCUCUGACAGCCCUAGGCACACCUCUGACAGCCCUAGGCCCAUCUCUGACAGCCCUAGGCCCACCUCUGACAGCCCUAGGCCCACCUCUGACACCCCUAGGCCCAUCUCUGACAGCCCUAGGCCCAUCUCUGACAGCCCUAGGCCCACCUCUGACAGCCCUAGGCCCAACUCUGACAGCCCUAGGCCCACCUCUGACAGCCCUAGGCCCAUCUCUGACAGCCCUAGGCACACCUCUGACAGCCCUAGGCCCACCUCUGACACCCCUAGGCCCAUCUCUGACAGCCCUAGGCCCAUCUCUGACAGCCCUAGGCCCACCUCUGACAGCCCUAGGCCCACCUCUGACAGCCCUAGGCACACCUCUGACAGCCCUAGGCCCACCUCUGACAGUCCUAGGCACACCUCUGACAGCCCUAGGCCCAUCUCUGACAGCCCUAGGCCCAUCUCUGACAGCCCUAGGCCCACCUCUGACAGCCCUAGGCCCAUCUCUGACAGCCCUAGGCACAUCUCUGACAGCCCUAGGCCCAUCUCUGACAGCGCUAGGCCUGCCUCACCUCCCAGCCACAAUGCCCAGACACAGGACCACACUCCCCACACCCAACAGACCGAGCAGCAUUGCAGAGAGACCACCACCAGUUGGAGCGCCAAGCCUCCCUCUCCUCUCCUCCAGGAGAGCCACCAAGUCCAGACCCAGACCCAGAACCAUCAGCCUCGCAGAGAUAGCGCCACCAGCCCCAGCCCAAGGCCCACUUCUGACUCUUCAUCCAGCCUGAACAAACAUCCCAGGGCUGUAAAACUAUCAACUCCACCAGCUUCACACCACAACACAGAGCCACAGAGGGAGUCCCCAGAGGAGAGACAGACAUGGACAGAGACACACAAACAGGUAACUAACUGCCUGAUGCUGCCAACUCCACAGGGUUUGUUUUGUGUUAUUAGUUUACUUGACAGGGACCACGUACAACAAACAUUGCACCAGAUUUGA